AUGGGUCGGUACGAUUUUCGUCCUUUGCGCGUGCACCAAACCGCGACUCAGCUUCUCAAUACAGAACGAAUAUCCAGAACUCCUCCUUGGUACAAUGUCGUCGGUUCCAUAACGCCUGCUCAGACUCUCGUGCGGACGCAGCCUCUUCCACAUCGGCAUCGCAAAGGUAGAUCAAGAACGAAGAAAUCGAGUAAGCUGUUCCAACCGCAGAUGAUACACUACGAGGAGGAUGCUUUAAGGAAAGAAUUCUUCAAAGAUCAUCCGUGGGAGUUGGCGAGGCCACGGCUGGUAAUCGAAGAUGAUGGGAAAGACUCUCAGAAGACGGAUUGGAGUCGCAUUGAACAACCGGAAAAGGCAUUGAGUGGAGAGAGCGUUGUCCGGCGACAACUAUGGCUACGGCAUAAUGUGCCAGGGAUCACAUCCGCCCAAGCCUACGACCAGGCACGGAAAGAGUUCUACAGUCUACGCCUGGAAGAAGACGUGGAGCGAAGGGUAGCAAAAGAGGAAGCACUGUCCACAGGAGCAUAUUUUGGAAAGUCUACGCUAGACAUUGGGAUGGAACUGGAAGACAAAGAGUACGAGAGAUGGAAGGAAUGGGCAACGAAAGAGGUUACCCUGGCCGAGCAAAAACAGGCGGCGAUGUAUACGGGUGGUGGGGAAAGCGAGGAGAUGGUGGUGGAUUCUAAUCCUGCCGAGUACGAAGCUGCAGUUGAGGAAGUCUCAGAUCAGAUACCUGCUCAAGGUCAGAGCGCAUUAGGUGGCGCUAUGAUUCGGCCAUGA